UUUGGUACGUUUUUUUAUUUCAGAUGAUUUGUGUUUCUAGGCAAAGUCUACUUUUUUGGUUGGAAAAUGAGGGUGGGGGUCAACUUUUGGUUGAACCAGGUCGAGAUGAUUUGUGGGGCUGUCGUUUCUUUAAACGAGUGUCUCGUCACCUGAGCAGUGUGGCCUGUCAUCUGAAGUCUCAGCUUCCGGGUCAACAUCUGGUACCUUUACAUCAGUGGAUUAAAACCUGUCUUUUCCGUGUAAAUGGACUGUCCUUCAAAGAGGACAAUUUAACAGCGGUCUUGGACAGGUUGGCGAUUGGGGCACGGGUUUCGCUCCGUUUGGUGAAUGCUGACAAGUGCAAACUAGGAUGUAUAGGAGACAAGGUGAACAGCGUGCAUCUAAAGUGUACUUUUAUAACCUCUUGGGCUUACUACAACCCUACGUCCAAACCUUGUAUCUAUGUGUCUAUUACUGGGACGGCUAAAUCGUUUCAUGUCCUACGACCUGCUGAGUUCCUAGAGAGAUUUAAUGUCGUCCACUCCGACCUACAUUCGUGGGAAUGUCCUGAGAGAUUUCAAGCGAGGCUAGAGCUCAUGUACCCGCAGCUGAAGUUCGAGGAUCAACCUCUGAUGGAGAUUGUCCGGACCAGAGCCUUUGAAUCCAAUCGAGAUUUCCGACUCCAGUUCUUUUUUACUUUGGAAUACGUAAGUGCCCAGAGUCUGAGGGAGUUUACAGGGUUGCUGUGUGCUGGGGCAUGGGGUGGGGCUAGCAUUCAGUCUUGUCGUGGAGUACUAGUUCAGAUGGGUCCCUCGGGUCCCCAGUUUCUAUAUCUAUCAGAGAGUGCGAUCGAGUUAUCUAAAUUCAAAAGGAGUGCUGGUGCACAAUUGCACAUCCCUCCAGAGAAUUUCUGUACGGGACGCGGGAGAAGACCUGCUGGAGAAGAUGCAGGGUCUCCGAGCACCUGUCCUUGCGAAAGUGGUGAUAUCCUUUUUCGGAAUCUACCACCAAAACAGUUGGCCCAACCUGUGGGUCAGGAUGAGGCCCCCGCUGAUAUCAUCUCCAAUUUACGUUUAUUGGGGCUGUGGACUCAGGAUGUCGAACGAGAUCUGGACCUCUGCACACGGUUGAGUUGUGUGUUCUUUGAUGUUGAAAGUCUCUCUGUCCCUGUUUCCCCUCUUCCUGGAGUGGGGCCCUUGGCUCCUAGUUUACAGUUGGCCUGUGAUGUCACUGACGGAUUUGAGGACAGCAGCAUUAUGUAUGGAGUCCAACUCCCCUUCCUAAUCGGUUACGCCUCUGCUCUGGAUUUAGACUGGUUGGAGACCGUUGCUCUGGAGACUCUGGGAUUUAAGUUGGUUUUGGAGUUAACGGGUAAAGCCUUGCGGCGUGUCUCCAAUGUAUUUGUUUCCAAGCUUGUUCGGAAAUCUUCUCCCGCUGCUAGGCAGUUGUUUGCUACGCGCCUGCAAGAUCAGUAUGAUUCAUCGGCACAGAUUAGAGAUCGGGUUAAAACCGUGGGUAUUGCUAGGGAAGUCACAACUGGUGACCCUGUUAACAAUCGGGAUAUUUUACUUAUGACAGUAAAAUUUUUAAAUCAACUACGCACGUAUGUCUUGAGAGUUUGUCUCAUCAAGAGUUUUUUACUGCAUAAUAUUUGCGCCCGGGUGAAGGCAGCUCGUGAGCUUGUGUCGGCUGGACCAAGAUUUCCACGGCGUAACUCUCGGUGUAUACUACACAACUUAGACCGCGGACUACAGCGCCUGAAGGAGGAAGUCUUCCUGUUGAGUUUUAACGGAUCCAGAUACGAUUUACCAAUCCUCCUCGCGUUUAUUUACCGGUAUACCUUGGAUCGCAAGCAUGGGUGUAGCGUGAAGACCUUUCGACGUGGAACUAUCAUUAAUUCCCUUAACAUCACCUGGACUGGUAAUGAUAAAGCCAAAUCUAAGGUUUAUCUAACCUGUAGGGAUGUCAGGCAGUUGGUUGAGCCUACCAUAUCUUUGGACGGAUUGGGGAAGCGUUAUGGAUUAGAUGGGGAGGGGGGGAAGGGUUUAUUCCCUCACUCCUCAAACGCCUGUCUCUGGACUCUUCAAAAUACAUCAGCACUACCUGACGAGAUGUCUCCGGAGUGGAGGAAUGAUUUGUCCGGAGUACGUCCGUCAAUAGAGGAUAUUCGACGUUCCCUCAGAGAGUUUGAAGAGCGUGGUUAUGGAUCGCGCUAUGAAUACUUGUUGUGUUAUUUACAGAAGGACGUCUCUGUUCUGAAUUUUGUCUUUUGGCGUCUUUGGGCGGAGUGGCGUGAGAGGGGAAUUAACUUGAUCCUCUCUCGAUUCUUUACUGUUUCAAAGGCUGGGUUCUAUUUUUUUUACACCUUUUCUCAUUUGAACAGCGUUGAGCAUAUAGCCCCAAUGGCGAUGAACAAGGGUAUGUUAGAUUCUAUCAUAAACCGAGCAGUGUUGGGUGGUUACACAGCUGCACAUGUCAGGGGCAAAAUUGGCGGAGAGAACAACACUGACUACCGGAUUAAUCAACAUCUGAAUGGGCAGACUCCUCCUUCCCAUCCCUUCUGGAGAAAUUACACCGUGCUGCGGGAGUCUUUCCCUUUGGAGUUUGAACAACCAGUUAAACAGGUUCGUGUGUAUGACAUUGUCAGUCAGUAUGCUACUGCAGCUUCCGAACCAUUACCAGUAGGUCCUGCUGUUGGGUAUCAAGCUUUUAUAAAGGGUAGGACGCCUAGAUUGUCUCCUGAUAAUCUUGUCGAUCUUGGCUCCUAUUGUCGGAGGCUGCAAAAUUCGCCGUCCAGUGAGGUUGUCUUUAAAAAGAUUCAUUCACGAGAGAGAGUGUUUCUUUCAGAACACUAUAAAGUUCGCGGGUUUUUCCGUCGUGUUCUCUUGGAUCAUCCUGGGUGUUCAGUUGAACGGGUGGCGUCCGCAACUCACGCAGGAGGACAGUUACGUCUUGGGUUCUAUGAGUUUGAUGGGGCACUUCGCAUUUCCACUGCAGAUGGUACACCGGUUCUUCAUUUGGUGAAUUACCACUCAAACUUUUGUCAUGGGUGUGAAACGGGAUGUCCCAAUCAGGUGGAACGAUUUUCCCAUAAGGUUGGAGCGAGUCGGGCGACAGACUUAAGAAUACAACAAUUUUUGAUCGCCUUGUCUCUGGUGUUGAAGAUCGAGAUAGUUUAUUCUGUGGUCACUGACUGUCCUUCUCAUGUUGUAAAACUGCCCAAGGAUUCUCAAGAUCGAAUUCUUGGUGAACCGCGUAUCAUAUCAUAUUCAGGCCUGGAUACUUGUUUAAUAUUUAUCACAUUUUGUAUUUUUUAAAUACUUUAACCUUUUUUUAUGUAUUUUUACAAGUA